CUCUGCUACAUCAGCGCCAGGCAGGCAGUAGCCAGCCAAUAGCCGCUUAACAGUUGUACAGUUGUAACUUGUAAGACAUCAAUUCAAGUGAGAGGAGAAUACAAAUUGGGUAUCGUAAUAAUGUCAGAGUGAAUGUAUCGUGUUAGAAUACUGAAAGUUACUUGAUCAGGCCGCGUAACUAACGUAAAGUUUUACCGUUACUUGUGUCUGUUCAGUUUACACCGAAAGGCUACCUAGUAGUACCUAGUACUACACCAGCUCAUUUUGAAUCUUACCGUAUAAGCCAGCAUGGACAUCUUCAUGAUACUUGCAUAUCUUAUUGGACUAGCUGUGUUGGCUGUAGUAACAUUAUGUUUUGUUGUUUAUGUGAAAAGUGAAACAUAUCCCACCAUUGUAACCUAUGAUUCAGAGAAGUAUUUCUUAGAUGCUACAUCAAAUGAGAAGUGUGAAUUUCCCUCAAUAAGAGACACCUCAUCUAAGUCACUGUCUGUGAUUAUUCCUGCUUAUAAUGAAGAGAAAAGAUUACCUGUAAUGCUUGAUGAAUGCUUGGGGUACUUAGAAGAUCAGCGGAAGGCAGCAGAAGGUAAAUUUACAUAUGAAGUGAUAAUUGUGGAUGAUGGGAGCAAAGAUGGUACCACCAAAGUUGGGUUAGCAUACUGCAAGAAGUUUGGCUGUGAUAAAGUACGGGUCUUGACUCUAACAAAAAAUCGAGGAAAGGGUGGUGCUGUUCGUAUGGGUAUGCUAAGAUCACGUGGAGAGAUUCUGCUUUUUGCUGAUGCUGAUGGGGCUACUACAUUCUCUGAGUACUUGAAAGUAGAAAAAUCUCUCAAGAAUCUUUGCAGUGAGGAGAGUGAUCUGAGUGAAGCUCUUGCCAUUUCUUGUGGUUCACGAGCUCAUCUAGAAGAAGAAUCUGUUGCUACUCGUUCCCUGUUUCGCACUGUGCUGAUGUAUGGUUUCCACUUUUUAGUAUGGCUGUUUGCUGUUAGAGGAAUUAAAGAUACACAGUGUGGGUUUAAGCUGUUGACUCGCAGGGCUUCUCGUAUUUUGUUCAACAGUUUACAUGUAGAGAGAUGGGCUUUUGACGUGGAAAUGCUGUAUGUUGCCCAAUCCUUGGGUAUCCCAAUUGAUGAAGUAGCUGUGGAAUGGAAUGAGAUUGAAGGAACAAAGAUGACGCCUAUACUGAGUUGGAUUGAAAUGGGUAUUGACCUAUUUGUGAUAUGGUUACGAUACACAUUAGGAGCAUGGAGAAUAAGAGGAGAUAUGAAGAAUUUAGUAAAUUCCAAGUAGCAUGACCAUUGAAGUUUAAUUAAAACUUAAAUAACUAGAUAAGUAGAUAACAGGGCAGAGCCUCUUAUCCCAGAGUUUUAUCUAUAGUGAAAUGUCAGUUAAGCAGAGGUCAUUAGGCCUCUAUUGAGCACCACAGGAGUUAUGCUCAGUGUGAUUUGCAUAAAACUUGAUCCAUUAUUGUCACAUACAGAACAUUAUGGAUGGUUUACUAGGCUUUACGGUAUUAAUAUAGUAGAAUAUGAAUUACAGUCAUAUAGAAAACUUUUGGCCAUCUCUAACUCUUUACAAGUGUACAGUAGCCUUAUGUUACCUGCAGAUGAUAGGGUACUGAAUUAAAUACUAAAUUGCUGUUUACCAUUUAUUUGCCCAAGGAUGAUGGAUGAGGAAUGGUGAAUGUGAUAGUUAUAAUUAGGAGUACAUACUUGAUCAUUUGGUUGUUAAUUUUAUUGUUAUUUUGACAAUCAAAUUGAGUAUAUUGACAAAAAAAAAUUGUUUUUUUAUAAAGAAUAAGGCAUGGUCUGUUGAAAACUGAAGGCUCAACUUAUGAUGUAAAGGAAAAGUUUUGUUUUGUGCUACAUUGAAGACAGUAAAAUAUAUAUAUAUUUUUUUUACUUAUUUUGCUAAUCAGUACUGUACUGCUCUUUUUGAUUAUCAUAUAAGCCACUUCGUAUAAAACUUUUAUUCAUUUGACUUGUAAGGUAGCUUAUUCUUAUUCCUGCAUUUAAUAUUCAUCUCCUUAGAUUAUUUAGGAAUAGCAUAAUUUACUGUAGCUGUUUGUCAGAAUUCCAGCAUAUGAAACAUUUAACUAUUUUGUAUUACUAAUUAAUACCUAUUCAAUUGCUCUGAUGGACUAUAAAAUUAGUUUACUUAACCAUUCAGUAUACUUUUCUGUGUUACAGUGUUUGCAGUUUCCUGUUAAGAAAUGUUCCAGGUUAAUCUAGGCUAUGCAUAGUUUACAAAAGUUGGUGAUAAGAGAUUCAAGAAUCAAGUGUUAUUCAUUUUGCUUUUUCACUUACCUGUAUGUACUAAUUAUUACUUUCAUAACGAUUACAUAUUAUAUAUGGAUUUUUCAAAAUUAAAGUACAUUGGCCAUACCUACAUUCAAGAUAUGCAGAAUUCCAAAGGCUAUUGUAUUAUGAUGGCCAUUCAGUAUUUUGUCAGUUGUCUAGUGAAUUUGUCAUUGCCUUUCUUGAUGUUUUCUUAUAAUUUUCAACAUUUUGAUAUAUUAUAUGUUUUCUGUAUGUGUAAUCAUUAUUUAUAGUUAAUAUCUACAUGUUCAUUACACAUUUACAAUGUCAAGGCUAGCUGAAAUAUUAUAGGAUAACAGAAAUCUGUUAUCCUGAACAUUCUUGGCCUUGAUGAUUCUGGACAAGAGGCUUGCUGCAGUAUAAAGGUUCAAAUUAAAUGCAAAUCAGUUGUACUGGUUUUAUACUGUGAAGCAUCACCCAUCAACUUGACUCUCCUGUAAGAUAAAGGAGAGAAUAUUUCUAACUUGUAGGAUAUAAUUCUACACUGUAAUGGGUUUCCUAUCACAACUGCAGUUUCAUUUAAUACAAGAAGUAAUCAGUUAUUUGUAACUGAAAUUAAAAUGACUGUCUCAUUUAUAGGUUUGCUUCUGAAAUGAAAAGUUGUGAAUCACUACUAUUCAGUGACUAUUUUACUGAAAUUUUGCAGUAGGUUAUGAUGAUUUUUGUUUACACCAUUACAAAUGUUAAACUGGAGAAAAAUUUCCUUGAGCUUGAAUCAAGAUAUUUUUAUACUGAUAUUUUGUGAAGAAAACAAACUGGGACCUGUGAAUGAAUUUUUGUUGUUUGUACUAUAUAUAUAUUAUGUACUGCUUUUAGCAUAUUGACUGAACCUGCUGAUUAAAGUUGUCUAAAAAUGUGGCCCACCAAUAGAAAAUUUUUAGUUGAAUCAUUAGUUAGUUUGGAUAUACCUAGUGAAAAUUAGUAACAGGCACAUAUUCUGAAAAUUGCGGUGAUAGGAUAUUCUCUUAAACCAUUAAGCUGUUAUGGAUAUAUAUAAGUUUUAUGUGUAUAUAGUACUAUUUUUAUGAUGUACUGUGGAGAAGUUUAUUUUUAGAAAUACAAAUAUUCACACGGUA